UGAUUGGAACUGAAAAUGCCAGGCGGUAUUUCGAGGCAGUGCAAGGAUCAAAGGAACAUCAAGGAGAGCUUUUUGGUAUUCAUAACCUUUUCAAACUUAGGACUCAUGGGUCCUGUCUUACCAAAGACAUACUGGAGGUUUGACUGUCUUAGAGGGAAGGACGGGUAGAAGCAGGAGUCAUGACAGCAACUACAUGGCUGAAGGAAGAGAAUCAUUCAUGCAGCUCAGAAAAGUAUGAACAACCAGACUGUCAAGAAGAUGGAGAGCCCCAAAGCAUUCAGGCACAAUUAAAAAGAGAAGAAACUGAUUUUUGGGAUGAUUUGAGUGAUGAUGAUAUUCUGGAGUGUUCUGUGAAAAAAUCUGUCAGAAGAAAGCCAUGCAAUAAAAAUAGUUUCAUGGUAACAAAAGAACAGCUUUCCUUAAUGCAAUGUGGAUUCUCUAAGUUGUUGCAGAGAGAAAUUGAGACUACCAAAGAAGGGGAUCACAAUUAUGAUUCUCAUCAUUCAAGUUCUGAUGAUCACACUAUAAGAAAAAAUGUAGAUAGCAAGCAUGGUGGUUUUCAGAAAUGUCAAACCAGUGUGCGUGUUUGGGAGCAUGGGAAAGUUGUUCAGUCUCCAAAUGGAAGUGAUAAACAAGGUAUGCAUAGUACAGAGUGGCUUGGUUUAUCAGGCUCUGAGGAGGAAGAAGAAAGUAAAAAUGAGGAUCAAAGCAUUUUAAAGCAAUGUGACACAGUCAUGGAAACUGAAAGUAGUUCUGAAGCAGAUGAUGAUGUCAUCUUUCCCACCCAAGGUCAAGUAUGCCACCAACCAGUGCUUACUAAAGAAGUUGAAAUACAUAGGUCAACAUCUGAGAAUUGUGAAGAGUUAGCAAAAGAAAAAGAUGGGUGUGUAUUUAAGGAAAACAGUAGACAAUUUGGAUUCCACAGUACUGAGACUAAUUUCACCAUGUCUUUUGAAGAUGUCAAGAAUGACAUAGAUUUGAAAGGAACGAGUGACAUAAGUGAUGAGUCUGAUGAUAUUGAAGUUCCCUAUAAUUCUGAAUCAAGAAAGCUAGGAUUUCUGAGUUUUCCAAAGCGGAAGAAAUCUCUACCACAAGCAAAGAUGCUCUAUAGAAAAGGAAAGGAAAGUGGUUCUCAAAAUAUAGAUGAAUUCUCUUCCUCUGAAGAUAACUUUCCAGUUGAGAAGAUUCCUGGCAGGAAGAAAAGCUAUAGGAGAAAACAGCAGAGCAGCAGAGUUCAGUGUGGGUCUAAAAUGGUGUGUCCUAUUCAAGAUACCUCUGUUGCAGAAAUGAAGUCUAGCAAUUAUGCUAUGCAUAGAACUUGUGCAAGUAAAACUGUAUUUGAGCAUCAAGUGAAAAUAACAGAAUCCAUGGACAAAUAUUUAGAUGGCGUUCAAGAAGUGGCAUAUAUUCAUUCAAAUCAGAAUGUGGUUGGAUCCAGCAAGGCUGAAAAUCACUUGAGCCGAUGGGCGGUGCACGAUGUAUUUGAGUUGAAGCAGUUUUCCCAGCUCCCUGCUAAUGUAGCUGUCUGUAGUGCCAAGAAAAAUUAUGAAGUUCCAGAAGACAAUACUUCAGAGAAGAAAUUUGUUAAGGAAAGGCAAGAAAUGUUGAAGAACAGUAAGCAUCAUCUGUAUGUUACACAUCCUGUGACCCAGAGAAGCAAAAAAGUACACAGAGUAGGUUCAGCCACAUUCUUGAUUGGAAGGACACCCAAAGGAAUACGCAGGAGACAAUUUGAGCAAAUGGUAUCUCACUUUAAUAUGGGAUCAGUGAAGGACCUUGCAGAACACAUUGUAAAAGCUACAUCAGAAACCAGGCAGAAAAUGUUGAAGGAAUUCUAUGUUUCCAAGCAUCCAGAGAUGGAGUCUUUCUUCUCACUUGAAAUACCAGCAGAAGCUUCACAUAACUGUGAGGAAAGUCAGCUAGGUACAACACGCUCCAGAAAAAGAAAAUCCAUUGUUAAUUUUGGAAGAUCUGAGUCUAGACCAUCAUCAGCUAAAGGACUACUUCUGAGUGGAGCUACAGAAACACAGACUCAGGAGGGCCAUAAAGGAGAAGCAGAACAGCUUCACAAGGACUCCUACUUGCAAGAUAUGUUUGUUGAUGCAAAAUAUAAACAAGCACCCGCUAUUGCUGCUCAACAUAUCCAAAAAAGAAACAGUCUGGCAUUCAAGGAUUUUAUGGCAUCUGGUUCAUUAAGCAGUAAAUCAGAAAUAAUUGAGGUGCUGCCUGUCAAAGCUUGUGAAGGACAGCAAGAUUCAGAAGAAACGCAGAUGCCAAAGCAAAGAUCCAUGUCUCAGUCAGAAAAUGGAGACAGAAAAGCUCAGAUUUGCAAAAAAAAUUCUUUUGUGGACUUACUUGGAGAUACCUCUAUUCUCAAUGAAAUCUUCAGAAAUGAUGGAACUGGGUCUGCAGGAUCACCAAGGAGAUUCUCUUUAGGACAAGCAGAAAAAUCAAAGGGGAGACCAAAAGAUUUCUGGGAUAUGCUGAAUGAACAGAAUGAGGACAGCCUCAGAAAGCUCACAGAUAUAGCAGUCAUAGAGAAGCUUUGUGAAAGAGCCCCUCAUUCCACGGUGACAGAAGAGAGAGAAGUGUGUGAAAGUUCUCUUUGGAAAAGAAAUGAAACUUUUUUGUGGAAAAAAUACAGUGCAGAUGAUUGAGAUGAACCAUCACUGCUAAAUAUUGUAGUGUAGUAAGAUGAAAGUUUUCUAUGCAACUUGCACUAUAACUGUUUUAUUUGAACUUUGACAGCGUUUUGCCACAAAAUAUGGUAAUUCCAUGAAAUUAAAGGUAAAAUGAUGAUUUUAUAUUUAUAGUGAUACAGUAUUACAUUAUACAAGUAAUUAUUUACUUGUAGUUAUUUACAAGUGAAUAUGUAUGCAAUUUCAUAUGCAGUGUAUAGUACAUAUGUGCAUAGUCAUGCAUAUGUACUGUAUGUUGUAACCUGUGGUAUAUAAUGAUUUUAUAUUAAAAUUUUUUAGAAUUUUU